AUGCGUUUCGGAUCCGUCUUCGUUUCGGCCGCCCUUGGCACCAGUGCCCUAGGUGCUGUGUUGCCCCCUUCCCCCCAGGCCAGCAAGGGGAGCGUCUCGCUGAAGCAGGUCCGUAACCCGAACUUCGUCCGCCACGGCCCCAUCCAGCUCGCCAAGGUUUAUCGCAAGUACGGCGUGCCCCUCCCCAAUGAUCUCAAGUCGGCCGUGGCCCGUAUCCGGCAGACGGCCAAGCGCGCGACCGGCAGCGCCAAGACGACCCCGGAGGCAAGCGAUGUUGAGUAUUUGACCCCGGUUUCUAUUGGUACCCCGGCCCAGACCCUCAACCUCGACUUCGACACCGGCUCCAGCGAUCUCUGGGUCUUUAGCUCUGAGCUCGGCAGCGGCUCCGUCCACGGCCAGACCAUCUACGACCCUAGCAAGAGCUCCACUGCUAAGAAGCUCUCGGGUGCUUCUUGGCAGAUCUCGUACGGUGAUGGCAGCUCCUCAAGCGGCGAUGUCUACACCGACAAGGUCGACGUUGGCGGCCUGACCGUCUCGGCGCAGGCUGUUGAGACCGCCAGCAAGGUCUCGUCCUCUUUCAGCUCUGACUCCAACAAUGACGGCCUGCUCGGUCUGGCUUUCAGCUCCAUCAACACCGUCCAGCCCAACCCUCAGACGACCUUCUUCGACAGCGCCAAGGAUAAUCUUGACGCCCCCGUCUUCACUGCUGAUCUCAAGGCUGGUGCUCCCGGUACCUACAACUUCGGCUACAUCGACGACAACGCCUACACUGGCGACAUUACCUACGUUCCCGUUGACAGCAGCCAAGGGUUCUGGACCUUUACUACCUCUGGCUACUCUGUUGGCUCUGGCAGCUUGAAGGGAUCCCAGUAUGACGGCAUUGCCGACACGGGUACUACCCUGUUGCUUCUGCCCUCUGCAGUGGUCAAGGCUUACUACAGUGAAGUCUCUGGUGCGCAGUACGACCAGAGCCAGGGCGGCUAUACGUUCUCGUGCGACACCAAGCUUCCCGACUUCGUCUUCGGCCUUGGUGACAGCGGCGCCUCCGUCACCGUUCCUGGAGACUACAUCAACUUCGCUCCCGUCACCGAGGGUGGGAGCGACUGCUUCGGUGGUAUCCAAGAAGAUACCGGCAUCGGUUUCGCCAUUUACGGUGACGUUGCUCUCAAGGCUGCCUUUGUCGUCUUUGAUGGUGGCAAGGAGCAACUUGGUUGGGCCGCCAAACAGCUCUAA